GUGAUCCUGACUGAACCUGCCGCGUGGACACUGAGCUGAUUGGAUGGACACUGGAGCCGACUGACGGACAGCAGCCAAGCUAGCCAAAACACACAACAGGUGAAAGUAGCAGCGAUGAGCCGACAAGGUUCUGGCGGGACUUCACCAAUAAACUUCUCUACAAGAGAAAUAGGGAAUGGCAUCUCAUCCUCAGAAUUAACAGUGGAGGAAAGAGAAAAUCUACAGGCCGAGCUUGCACAGAUCGAUGAUGAAAUUAGCACCUUGCGGCAAGUGCUUUUGACCAAAGAAAAACAUGCAGCAGAGAUCAGGAGGCAACUGGGUCUGAGCCCUCUCAGUAACAUCAAACAGAAUCUGUCCAAAGGCUGGCAAGAGGUCCAGACUUCAUCUCCAUAUCUCACAGCUUCGGCCACUUUGGAUGACAUCACCCACUCCAAUAUCUAUUUGAGGGGCAAAGAGAAUCUGUCUUACGCAGGCCAAGUCACAUCUUCAGCGCUGUCCAGUGUGGGUGUGGCCAUCACCAGGAGACUGGCAGAGAUGAGAGCUCUACCUCUUCCAAGUCCACCACGUCAUACUAUUAGUGUGCCAACUAUGAGACACUCCUCUACAUUCAAGUCUAUUGAGGAGGUGGUUGGCAGUGUGAAGGAUAAGGUGACUGGUACCCUGACAAGCAACGGAGACACCUCUGGGUUUGAAAGAAGAUCACGUCGCACCUCAUGAGAUGGAGUUUUCUAACAUGCAAUGUAUUAUGUAAUGAAAGAUUCCUGUUUUAUUUAUUUUUAUGUGAGCCAGUUUGAUAAUAUUGUUAUUAAAGGUACUGUAUCAAAUGUAACUUAAUGUGAAAUAGUCUUCCAAUGUUAUAUCCCCCUUUAUGUUGUGUAGAUGUUAUUUAGAAGGUUACUUAUUUUAACAGUUAUUUCUCCUGAAAUAAUCCAAAUUAUAAACACUGUGCAUUCAUUGGCAUUAAUUGUAACCAGACAAUAUGAUGACAUAUUUUUGUACUUGGCAUUUUUUCAAUUAAAGUCAAUUGAAUGGUU